UUAAUCAGUGAGUAUCAAAAUGUCAUCAAGAUUACACAUUCUAGUUCCAAUAAUAAUAGUUUUUAUAUCAAGUCUUUUAACUUGCUGUGAAAGUGCAGCUCUUAGUGAUGGCAAUUCUGAACUGUACAAUAAAAAUAGUGAAGUUCUGACAAGAAACACCCGCCAAGCCAUCAAAUCUGAUUAUCCAGUUGUGAUUUACAACGGAAGACUUUACGUACCUGAAAAUUGGCAACUUCUGUUCAGAUAUGGUUUCAAAUUUUUCGUAAGGAUCCUCAAAAACACUGUUGGAUUUAACAGAAGUAAUGAACCGUUCGAAUACGAAGAUGAUGAAGAUGUAAGCCCAAGAAAACUACCAGAAGAUGACUUUGUAGAUGACACAACACUUUCGCCAAGUGAAGACGCUGAAAUGGAAACGACUACAAUAAUAGAAUAA